AUGGCCGCUGCUGAAUCAACCCCGCCCCUCGGCGACCCCCAGCUGCCCCCACCCGCCGCUGGCGAUGGCGCCGCUCGUGACGGCUCGCCCCACCUCAAGUCGGACGCAGUGGAGAUGGACAAGAGCAAGGUCGACUUCACCAAGGACGGCGCCUACAAGUUCUACCCGGAUAACCCCGAAAACCAUCGCCACAAGUACCGGUGGCUGACGAAGGAGCCAAGCAAGUUCUACGACCCCUGUGAGCAGUCUCGCCAGGCACUGUUGGACUGCAUCUUGCGCAACCAGGACGACCGCUUGGUGUGCCAGGACUUCUUCGACGCCUACCGCGAGUGCCGCAAGGACUUUCUGAAGAAGAAACGCCAGGACCGGCGGGACGGCGUCCGCGGGUGGAACCCGUGGCGGUGA